UCGGUGCCUGAAAGGUACUCAUGAAGCGUCGCGCCACCGGCAGGUCUAUUACCAGGCUCGUGGUCGCGGUCUGCUGUGCCCUCAGUCUAUCGCGGAGCAUCGACGGCCUCUACACGGACUAUGAGCUAUGCACGGGAAGCCGAGCGACUGUCGAAGAUGGCGUUUGCGAUAGUUCCAACAACAUCGCGUCUUGCUUAUACGACGGGGGCGAUUGCUGUCCGAGCACCUGUGUGUCAAGUGCUGGACUGUGUACAGAGGACACGCGGCACUGCCUGAACCCCUCGGCCAGCGACUACCAAUACGAGGACGUCCCGGACUGUACGGCUAGUUCAGGAAACUUGCCUUACAUUAGCGACGGUGAGAUAACUUGCGUAAACUUACGGUAG